UAUUCGUAAAUACAUACAAUUACAAGACGUGAUGGGUAGCAUUUUUCGGUUACAAAAGAAUCCAAGAACAUGCAGAGAUGUAAUAGAGACAGUUGACUAUUUCAUUUCCUUUAAACUCCUACCGGCCAAACUAAGAGAAUUAUAUAACCAACCCUCCCAUUUUUUUCUCUCUUCCACUUUCUUUUCCAAGAAAAAUAUCCAAACACAAAUUAAAACAAACAAAUAAAUAAAUAAAUAAAAUAGAAAUUAAUUUUGAUUUUUCCCAUGGUAUCCUUCUCUUAUUGUUUUCCCUCCAUUUCCUGUCACCAUCCUCAUCGUAAAAACUCUGGUAAUCAAACUAUCAAACUAUUGCCACUAAAAAUAUGGAGCGCAAAAGGACCCUGACUAUGAACUGGGACGGCCUGAAAGACGACGAUGACGACGACCAUUUUUACGAGUCACGAGAACGAGCCUCUUCCGCCAUGUCAGCGGACCUCGAAGCUUCGUCAUCGGAAGAAGACGACUUCGACGAUUGCCGUAUUUCCUUCACCUCCGCCGUCUCCACGACGGAGUUCGGCAACUUCGCCGGAGCAACGGCUUUCUCGUCUCCAAUAUCGCCGGACUACGACAUUUGGAUGGCCGCACCAGGUUCGAUCACCGAACGCCGGAAACGAUUGCUGCAAGGAAUGGGAUUGACCGGCGACAAAGAAAUAGCCAGCUCUAAACGAAUCACUUCCAUAAAAAAGCAGCCGGAAAACGAUAAAUCGGACUCCCCCGCUUCCACCGGCGGCAGCGAAGAUAAACAAGAAAACUCACCGUCGACUUCUUCAUUGCCGAUCGUUCUGAUCCGGUCACGCUCCGAGGGAGAUAUCGAAUCGUUUUCCGUCGACAGAAACAGAAAAGAAGAAUUAAUCGGAAGAAUCUCGAAGCAGCGACUCACCAGAACGUAUUCCGCGAUUUUAACCCCAAAUUGCCGAAUGUGUCCGUACCCGGAUUCGAUCCGAGUUUCUCCGAAGGAAACCGGAGGAGAAUCGGGAAGAUCCAUAAGAAACGGCGCCGCAUUGACGUCGAUGGUGUCAAAUACACGAUUCGGAGCUUUUUUCUUGAUAAAGAAUUUGGAUACGGGAAAAGAAUUCAUCGUGAACGAGUAUAACGAGGACGGAAUGUGGAACCGACUCAGCGAUUUACAAACGGGCAAGCAAUUGACCAUGGAAGAGUUCGAGAAAUGCGUCGGGUACUCACCCGUCGUCAAAGAACUCAUGCGCAGAGAAAACAUUUCGAGAAUCAACGGCGAAGGAGGUCACGAGAGGAAAGUCGGUGCGAAUUACCUUUCCAAGAGCUUGAGGAUGAGCAAGAGAAGAGGAGUCGCUCUGCUAAAGAACAGCAUAAAAGGCGUCGCGAAUUCCAUGAGCGGUUUGAUCGGCGAGAAAGAGAGGGAAAUCCAUUCGCCGGAGCAAAAACCCUGCAAGAAUUCGGGCGGCUCGUCAUCUCCGUCGUCGGAAUGGAUUAAAGUCCGGCAAUGCGGGAAAUCGUACAAGGAAUUAUCGGCUCUGCAUCUGUGCCAAGAGAUUCAGGCCCAUGAGGGUUCUAUCUGGACAAUCAGAUUCAACACCGACGCGCGAUUCCUCGCGAGUGCCGGGGAAGAUCGGGUCAUCCAUGUCUGGGAGGUUCAAGAAUGCGAGGUCAUGUCGUUGAGAGAGGUCGCUGAUGGUGGUACGACUCCGCUUCAUCCGUCGCUUUGUGCUUGCCCUGAUCGGUCGCCGUCGAUAUCGCUCGGUGGCGAUGGCUGUGAUAAGAAGAAGAAAGGGAAAGGAGGAUCAAGUCGGAAAACGAGUCCGAUUCCCGACUACGUUCAUGUGCCGGAAACUGUGUUCGCUUUGUCGGAAAAACCUGUUUGCUCUUUCACUGGUCAUUUGGAUGAUGUUUUGGAUCUUUCUUGGUCUAGAUCUCAGCUGCUGCUUUCAUCUUCCAUGGACAAAACUGUUAGAUUAUGGGAUUUGGAAAGCAAAACUUGUUUAAAGUUGUUCGCCCAUAAUGAUUAUGUGACUUGCAUACAAUUUAAUCCAAUGAAUGAUGAUUAUUUCAUCAGUGGGUCACUUGAUGCGAAAGUUAGGAUAUGGAGUAUACCUGAACGACACGUCGUUGACUGGACUGAUCUCCACGAAAUGGUCACUGCCGCUUGCUACACCCCCGAUGGCCAGGGUGCUUUAAUUGGUUCACACAAAGGGAGCUUUCGCAUGUACGACACAGAAGAUUGUAAAUUGAGUCAAACAAGCCAAAUUGAAAUUCAAAACAAAAAAAAGUCUGCGAAAAAGAUCACUGGGUUCCAGUUUUCCCCCACGAACCCAUCUGAAGUGCUUGUUACAUCUGCUGAUUCUCGGAUUCGAAUUUUGGAUGGUUCAACUCCCACUCACAAGUUUAUAGGUUUUCGUAAUACAAGUAGCCAAAUUGCAGCUUCAUUCAGUCAAGACGGAAAAUAUAUAAUAUCAGCCAGUGAAGAUUCUCAAGUCUAUAUUUGGAGGUGUCAAGAACAACGCAAUGGAGCGUCAGGAAAAAGAAGCUUGAUCACAGCUCGAGCUUAUGAGCAAUUUCAAUGUAGAGAUGUUUCAGUAGCUAUUCCCUGGCCAGGCACUAUAAGAGGAGAAAUCCCAACUGUUUCUUUGCAUUCUAAAAGGAAUUCAAAACGGUGCACUACUUCACCACUACCAACUUCUAAUACUAAUGCUGGUGGUACUGAAUCUCCUACUAAAGAUGAAAACUCUACCUGUACAAACAGCAAAAGAAACUUAUUACCUCCACUUCCCAAGAAAAACACCAAUACUAACAAUAACAACAACAACAACAACAACAAUAAUAAUUAUAAUUUAGAGAGCAGUGCGUCUCCUCCAGAGGAAGAACUUGAGAAAGUUAGUCGAACGGAAUCCGGGAUCGGGGAUUCGUUUGGUUCGGAUUCAGCUUCCAUCCGGUACGGUGAUUCGAUCUCUGCCACUCCAACCCCGUCGUCAAACUGGUCUUCAUCUUGGUCUUGGUUUGAUCUUGGUGCAAGCCAUGGAAACCAUACGAUCCAAGCAACUGCAUGGGGUUUGGUCAUUGUGACAGCAGGGCUAGGUGGUGAGAUUAGGGCUUACCAAAAUUUUGGGUUGCCAAGAAAAGUUGGAAGGCAGACUAAUCUUUUUGGAGGCCCUACAUAAUUAAUCAAAAUAGCUUUUAUUUUUUUUUAUUCAUUUAUUUUUUACCUAUAAUGCAAAAUUGUGUAUGGCUAUGAAUGUUGGCUUCAACAUUGCAAAAAAUCAAAACUGAUCAUUAAGGAGAGUUGUAUUUUCACAUUGCAAAUGUUGAAGGUGCUCAUGUGAAUUUUGUAAACUAUACAUGGUAAAAUCAAUAUUGUGUAUUGAUAAUUGA